GCAGAGGCUGUGCUGGGGCCACGGCCGAGGACAGGUCGGUGAUCGGACAGACGGUUGCAAAGUCCACUGUCACCAUGUCUGACACAGAUGACAUCGAACAUGUUGAGGAGGGCCUUGAAGAGGAAGAGGGGAAGCCAAAGUUCAAGCCCACCGUUCCAAGAAUCCCUGACGGUGAGAAAGUGGACUUUGAUGACAUCCAGAAGAAACGUCAGAAUAAGGAUCUGGUCGAGCUGCAGUCACUGAUCGAUGCGCACUUCGAGUGCAGGAAGAAAGAGGAGGAGGAGCUGAUCGCUCUCAAGGAGAGGAUUGAGAAGCGUCGCGCCGAGAGGACCGAGCAGCAGAGGAUCCGCGCCGAGAAGGACAAGGAGCGCCAGGCCAGACGUGAGGAGGAGAGGCGGAGCAGGGAGGAAGCUGAUGCCAAGAAGAAGGCAGACGAAGAGGCCAAGAAGAAGUCAGCUCUGGCCAGCAUGGGCGCCACCUACAGCAGCCACCUGCAGAGAGCUGACCAGAAGAGAGGAGGAAAGAAAGAGACUGAGAGAGAGAAGAAGAAGAAGAUCCUGGCCGCCAGACGCAAGCCACUCAGCAUCGACCACCUGAACGAAGACAAGCUGAGGGACAAGAUCAACGAAUUCCACGACUGGAUGCGCCAGCUGGAGUCUGAGAAGUUCGACCACAUGGAGAGACUGAAGAAGCAGAAGUACGAGAUCACCACCCUGCGUAAGAGAGUGGAGGAGCUCAGUAAAUUCAGCAAGAAGGGCGCCGCCCGCCGCAGAAAGUAGGGCGGCUCUUCCCGCCACUGCUCUGAAACCAAACUGCAAUGAAGUUGGACAUACGCCUGAUGAAGCAACGCGCACAACGGCAAAGGCCAUAGCUCAGACGAAGCGAGUGACGCUGAGGUUUACCCUGUGGUUCCCAACCCCUGACACAUGCAACCCGGAGCCUUUAGCUGGAGUUCAGUAGGAAGAGAAGCUACAAUCCUGUUCGCCAUCAGGCUUCCUCCCCUUGACUGUUUGGUUCUCGGCUUUUUUGUAAAUAAAGUGACUCUUCAAGCCUU